UUCUCUUUCAUCUCCUCCCACCUCCUUUCUACCGCAUGCAGCGGAAUAUCGUUUUCGACGAGAUACCGUUUUUUUGGUACCCAUGCAUGGUGGCAUUUGGACGCUUUGCAUAGAUUUGCCGAUGCAAGAGCUGCAAGAGCUUCGACGACAUCCGAAAUUCCCACGUGGCGCACCACCUUGCGUCAACUAUCUAGCCGGCUCGAUGGAGAAUGCACGAGGCGAAGAGCAGCGCAACGAUUGGCAACAUAGUGAGUCCCAGACCUCAUUGCAGCCCCAUUUAAGAAUGCAAAAUCUGUCAAUUUCCUGCUCGUUGGUCUGCUUAAUUAUACUGGGUAGUGCGGCAUUGGUGGGCGCUUUCGGUGUUUGUCAGCGCCAAAUCAGCGCCAUACUUAUUACAGGCGUCAUGUAUCUACUGGCGGCACUUUUUGCACUCUUCACGCUCAUGAUCAUACAUUUUAAGCGCCAGCAAGGACGUCCCAUGCUAGAUAGUGAUUACGAUGGCACCGUUGAUGGUAUUGUGGCGCGCCCGGGCGGCGUAGCCAUCAUGGCCAAACCAUUAUUAGGCGCACGCAUAUUUCUGACAUCAUGGAGUUUGGAUUUGGGUUGGGGCGGUGUGGUGUUGUGCGGCAUAACGUCGGUGCUUUGGAUUUUACUAUCGAAGAUUAUGCGUUACAAUCCAUUUUCAGCGCUAAUGAUUUAGUUGGAUGAGGCGAAUAAGUUACAGUGGACUAGAAUGAGUUGUGGCACAUCGAGGAUAGAACGGCGAUAAUAAAUCAGUACAUUUUGCUAAGAUCACACAUAUGUACAUAUGUGCAAUAUGCAUGCUAAUAUUCAAGGGCAAUGUUUGUGAACAUUCAAAUCGAUUUAAGCAUCUUAAGAUAAUUGAGAGAAAUCGCUGAGUUGCGCAAUUAUCAGGUGGAAAUUUACGUAUGCAUGGGAAUAUGUACAUACAUAGAUAAAUGUAUAUGAAAUACAGUACAUAAUGCAAACUAGCUUAUGGUAGUUGCAAAGCAAGAAACAAACGGAAAAUAUAACAUACCUAGCAACUAUAAAGGAAAAUUGCAAGCAACAUCGAUAAAUGUCACGAGGUAGUUUACAUAUUCCACAAUAGUACAUAAAUAUUUGUUUUUAGUUACAAUUUACCACCAAAUAUGUAGGCUCUCGAGCAAAUAUAUGGAACUGGGUAGACAAAUGAACCACUAAUUGAAAUUUAUACAUAUGUAUCGGGUGGUUUUUAGCUGCAUGAGAACUAUCGAUAUCGAUAACUAUGGUUUGAUAGCUGAGAUUUGCCAUUCUGUUGACAUUUCUGUUUAGGUAGGUUUGGCUAGUCAUCAUGAAUCGUUUAACACCAAAAGAAGGCUUCUAAAUUGUGGAAGUAUACUUUAAAAAAAAAAAUUGUUCGCGAAAUUCAUAGAGCACUGACGGCAUUAUUGGUCCUUAUUUAUUUCGAAAUGAAGGAGCUGGCGUUACUGUGAAUGGCGAACGCAAUCGAGCCACGCGCAACUAGCCAUACAGCGCGCUUAACAAUCGAUUUAUUGUAAUAUUCAAGAUUUAUUGGAAGUAUAGUCAAAAAUUAGAUUGAUCGAAUGGACCAUGUAACUCGUAGCCGCGGCGGACAUAUGCCGGAUAUCAUAUUGAAAAAAAAUAUAUGCCAUGUAAUUAUCUACCAGAUUAUAAUAAAAAAAUAAUUACAACAUUAUUUCUGUUUUGUACUAUCAUUUCAAAUUCUCAAGCUCUUAAAAAACACCCUAUCGUAUAUGAUAGAAUGCUAUGCCUUCAAAUAUUGAUUAUAAAGCACCAGCUCAAUUUGUUGUCACCUAGUUUUCAAGAGCAUAUGCGUUUUUAUUUUGAAAAGGUUUUUUAAUUGAAUAAACAGAUAAUUUUCCUAAUAUUUUUAUAAAAUGUGGAGUAAUUAAAUUUAGUAAUCUAUUUGUUAAAGCUGCUCUGAAAAACUAUAACAGUAUAUCAGUUCAAUAUGUUUUGUCCAAUGCUGUUUGUAUUUAGCAGCCAAAGAUGUUUUUUUUUUUUGAUUUUGCCUAAAAAACGGUGGACUUUUAUGCAACUUUAAAAUAUUUUAAACUUAGGAUUUGAAUAUUUUUUAUUGCUACUUAAAAGUUGUAAAAAUAAAUAAUAUAUGUAUGCUUACCUUAAUAUUGUAAAUGCAUAAUUAGUCAAAAUAAAGUGGACUUUAUAGUAUUUGAAAAUAUUUGUGUGAAUAUCUGAAUAUCUUUUACAAACGUUUGUCUUUAUAUUGAAGAUAAUGUGCGCAUCUUUAUAGAUUCUACAUUGCUAACGGUAAUCAUUCCAAACUUACACCAUAUUAUAUGUAUUAUUUAAAAAUCAAGGAGUUACAAAACUGCAUAUCCGAAAAUAAAUUCCAAAAAAUUGGAUUAAAUUUUUUGAGAUUUCGUCCAUUUUUUUUUCAAGAUUUUCAAAAAGUUUAGCGCUAUGAGUUGUACUGUUUUUCUACAGAUACAUAUGAAGCUUAUUUUUAUGAUACAUUAUCAAAAAAAUUACUAUUGCAAAGAAAUAGCUGUACCGAUUUUCAGGGGUACUCACUGUAUGCACAAUAGGGAAAAUGUUGGAAAUAUUUUUGGGGAUGCUAAAAAGCUAGGGCCAACUUUAUUUUCAGGUGCAUCAGAGUAGUACCAGCGUAGCGAAAUGCUCAACCAAGAACAUACUUUUUGGCAAACUUCUGUUGCUUUACAAAAAAACAAAACCCGACUCUAACUCGACUCGACUUUUACAUAAUUUAUGUAUGCUCUAACUUAUUUAGAGCCGAGUUUAACUUGCCUAUAAUUGUGCGCAAUUGUCUACAUAUUAAAUUUUCAAAGUCCACUUUAAGUAGAAUAUUUAUUUUAAUCGUAUGCACUUGAGUAUUUUUUAAAUAAAAUUCUAAUGGAAAUUGAAUUUAUGCCUACAACUAUGACUUUCUAUACUGAGCAAACCCGCAAAAUUUACUUUUAUAAAUUUAAAGCUGAUCACAGCUUAUUUAUCUGCUUUUAGGCGCUGCCCCCUUUUACACUUUAUAUACAAAUAUAUAUAAUAUAUUUUUUUUAUAAUAAAAAAUCCAUAUUUUAUAUGCAACAAAAAUGCUUGUAGCCUUCUUUAAAUACCUUGUUAGUCAAUUCAUGCUUAAAAAAAAUACAAAUAUUUAAAAAAAUGCAAUUAAAGAGAAAAAAUACAAUUAAAGAAAAAAAUACAAAUAAAAACAAGGAACCAAAUAUAGAAGCGAAGAAAUUUAUAGUAUAAGUAUAAAACGAUAUGCAGCUAAAAUCUGAAUCUAAGAUACAAUUACCCGCCAAUGGAAAAGGAAGUAAAAAAUACUAAUAGCACUUAAUAAAAAAGAUAUGGAUUUUGAAAAAUUAGCUACUUCUAUCAGAAGGUAAAAAUUGUUGGCUUAUAAACAUAAAAAAAAUAAAGCUGACUUUGAGUAAGUAAAAACUUGCUAAUGUAUUAAAGUCAAUUUUAAUUUAAUUAUUUUUAUGAUUAACUGUUACCACAACUGAUACCGUUAAUUUCAGUUACAGUAGGUUCUGUUUUUAUGCGGCUUUUUUUAUGCGGUUUUGAAAUAGUGUGGUUUUUUUUUUAAUUACAAAAUGCAUGUCGACCUAUCGGGAAUUGUACAUAUAAACAAGAUUCUAAACCAGCUAAGCAAAAACUCGUCACAGAUUACAUCAGAAAUGCUAACCCUACAAGUAUGGAACCGCCUGCAUAACUACAGGGUGGCUGAUGAAUUUUGCUACAUUAAGAAACUCAAAUAACUUUUUUUUUAGUGUAUGGAAUUCAUUUAUUUUUUUUCAAGUUGAAGGUCAUUAAAUUUUAUUAA